CUCUCUCUCUCUCUCUCUCUCUCUCUCUCCGUGCCGCACUGUUACUUGCAGGAGGUGCGAGGGGUGGUGGUGCCACUCGACGUUCUGAGCCUGAACCUGCCCUUUUUCGCGUAGGCUUCACUCUGGUGUCCCCAUUCGUCCCACGUAGGCAUUUCCCCUGGUGCUCGACGCGAUGUCCUCCCGGGGGCUCUCGACCCUGUUGGCGCGGCCUGUCGGUGCCGCGCCCGUUGGCCGCUUUCGCCUGGGUCGUUCGAUAUUUUCGGGGAGGAGGCAACUUGACUUGUCUGGCGGCCGCGCGCGGCAGCCAUCCCGACGCCGCAGGCAGAGCGCCUCCCACGGUUCGGCGAAGAGAGAACAAUGGGAGGAGGAGGAGGAGGAGGAGGAGGAGGAGGAGGAGGGGAUCAUCUGGCACGGCCGCCGCGGGUGACCAGCGACCGCGAGCCCGCUCAUGUCGGACGCGGCCGUGCUCGUGAGGACCCUCGGGGGCGACGAGGUGGCGAUCCGCGUCCGGGAUGGCCAGACGGUGCUCGACCUGAAGCGCCUCGCGGCCGAGGCUCUGGGCGUGGCGCCGGGGCGGCUUAGGCUGGCGAGCGGCCGCGAGGUGCUCGACCCGAGGGCCCCCGCCGGGCCCCUGCGCGGCUCCGCGGUCGAUGCCGUGGCCUGCGGCUGCCCGAGCUCCUUCGCGCUCGCCGGCGGCGCCGACGGGGCCCUGCGCGUGUGGGACCUGGACACUGCGGCGUGCGUCGGAGACCUCGUGGCCCCGCCGGGGCACGGCGCAGUGCUGGCGGCGGCGCUCGCGGGGACGAAGGCCGCCACCGGCGCCGCCGACGGCGCCGUGCGGCUCUGGGAUCUGGAGGAGAUGGCGCUCGUCGGCAGCCUGCUCCCGCCGGGCGGGGCCGACGGCGCCCCGGAGACGGGGCUGCUCGCCCUGGCGGUGGACUUCGGGGCUGGGCGACUGCUGAGCUGCGGGGUGGACGGCGCGGUGCGCCUGUGGGACCUGGAGGCGAUGUGCCUCCUCGGCUGCCUCCUCAGCCACGCUGGCGUCGUGCGCACGCUGGCCGCGGACUUCGGGCGGCAGCGGGCGCUCACCGGGGCGGACGACCGGAGCGUCCGCCUGUGGGACACCGCGUCCAGGAACUGCCUCGGCGUUCUCCGGGGCCACCGGGGCCCUCUCACCACCUCGAGCGCGGACUUCGGGCUGGGCCGGGCCGCCACCGCCGGCUUCGACCUCUCGGUGCGCAUCUGGGACCUGGAGCGCCUGGAGUGCCUGGCGACCCUCCGAGGGCACCGGCGGGCCGCGCCCCGGGCCUCGACUUCCCUCGCCGUGGUAGGGAGAGCGGGUCCUCUGAAGGAAGCGUUCGCACCUGCCCGGCUGCUGCACGUUCUUCAGCUAACCGCCCCCGCGCGCACGCGCCCCACUGCGGAUGCGUCUCUCCCACUCGGGCCCGACGCAUCUCCUGCAUCAGUAGGCUGGGCGACUUGCCUGCAUGCGCCUGCCAACGCCAGGUGGUAGCAAGUUGUUUCUGUUGUUUGCGCUUGUUUCUAUCACUCUGUGUCGCGACGGUGCCGCCACCUCGCUGGAGGAGAAAAACAACGUGUGCCCCCGGAUGUUGCCUCAGCUCGUGGGUUGCUCUGGCCCGCAAGUCCUGAGGAGCGCAUCAUUGGACCUGCCGCUGCCAGAUCUCGCCGGCGGCUCGUCCGCCCUUUGAGCAACAGCCGAGGCCGUGUCGGCAGUACGUGCUGACUUCGGGGCCAUCCGACGCUCCGAGAGAGGAUCAGCGGGAGCCCGACCCCGUUGUUCGCGUCGGAGGAGGAGGAGGAGGAGAAGGGGGCUUCGAGAGGAGCCGCGGGACGGCCUGCCGUGCAGCGGAAAGCCGGCUGCCCACGACGCGGCCAGCCUGGGCGAGGGCUGGAGGCGCACGUGGCCGCACGUCUUUCCCAGCGCUCGGCCCUUCCCCAUGGCCAGGGGCGCGGACCCUCCACGUGUGUACUCCAGAUCUCGUAAUAAAAUGGAGGGGGUCUGGACCCUCCAAGCCCCUCCAGGGAAGGCCGCCGUUGCCUCAACAGGGCCUUGCUGCUUUCGUCUUCGCCUCUGCCAUUGCGCCCCGCUGGCUCGCCUCCGCGACCCUCUCUCGGAGCCGUCCGGCCCGUGCGGGCGUUGAGCGCCUCCGACGACGGCUGGCUGCGGCUGUGGGACCUGGAGGGCCUGGCGUGCCUGUGCUGCGCCCAGGCGAUGGUGCUGAGGUUGUUGGUGAUGAUGAUGCUG